GCGUCACUCCGCCGGCGCCCGCCCGGAAGCCUUCUCUGGUUCCGCUCCCGCUUUCCACUUGCCCGGGGCGGUGGAGGCCUCGGUGGUUUGUCCUUCCCCGAGGCUUUCAUUGAGAUUGGCUCACCCUGAUGGAGGAAGCAGUGCGCGCGGCCGCUGCCCCGGACCCCAGCAGCUCCGGCUCCACGGUGAAGGAAGAGGGGGAGACUGCGACGGCCCCGGCGGCCUGUAUGGGGAUGUGAGAAGUCUCAGAUUUGAAGAUUGUGUCACCUGGCCUUUAGUACCAGCAGUUUCUCUGUUCUGUGAUCAAUGUGACUCACCUGAACACUUCAGUAGUUAACGAGAUGAGCCGGGAUCGUGGAAAAUAUGACUUUUAUAUUGGUCUGGGAUUGGCUAUGAGCUCCAGCAUAUUCAUUGGAGGAAGCUUCAUUUUAAAAAAGAAGGGUCUCUUACGGCUAGCCAGAAAAGGCUCCAUGAGAGCAGGACAAGGUGGCCAUGCAUAUCUUAAAGAGUGGUUAUGGUGGGCUGGACUUCUAUCAAUGGGAGCUGGUGAGGUGGCCAACUUUGCUGCUUAUGCAUUUGCACCAGCCACAUUAGUGACUCCAUUAGGAGCUCUUAGUGUUCUUGUAAGUGCCAUCCUUUCGUCAUACUUUCUAAAUGAAAGACUUAAUCUUCAUGGAAAAAUUGGAUGUUUAUUAAGUAUUUUAGGGUCUACUGUUAUGGUAAUUCAUGCUCCAAAAGAGGAGGAGAUAGAGACUUUAAAUGAGAUGUCUCAUAAGCUGGGUGAUCCAGGUUUUGUGGUCUUUGCAACAUUGAUUGUCAUUGUGUCCUUGAUAUUAAUUUUCGUAGUGGGACCUCGCCAUGGACAAACAAACAUACUUGUUUACAUAACAAUCUGCUCUGUAAUUGGAGCAUUUUCCGUCUCUUGUGUUAAAGGCUUGGGAAUUGCUAUUAAAGAACUUUUUGCAGGGAAGCCUGUGCUGAGGCACCCACUGUCCUGGAUUCUGUUGCUAAGCCUUAUACUCUGUGUAAGUACACAGAUCAAUUAUUUAAACAGGGCCCUGGAUAUAUUUAAUACAUCCAUAGUGACUCCAAUAUAUUAUGUAUUCUUCACUACAUCUGUUUUAACUUGUUCAGCUAUUCUUUUUAAAGAGUGGCAGAACAUGCCUGUCGAUGACAUCAUUGGCACUUUGAGUGGCUUCCUUACAAUCAUUGUGGGAAUCUUUUUAUUGCAUGCCUUUAAAGAUGUCAGUUUUAGUCUAGCAAGUCUGCCUGUGUCUUUUAGAAAAGAUGAAAAAGUAGUGAAUGGCAAUCUGUCUGACUUGUACGAAGUCUUUAAUAAUAAUGAAGGAAGCUUAGCCUGCGGAAGUGAGCAACAAACUGGUGAAAACAUCUCCAGAAGAAAUGGAAAUCUGAUGACUUUUUGAAAAUAGAUAUAAUUUUUAAAGACUUAAUCUGUAAUUGUGUUUUUUUUUAAUUUUUGGCUGUAAAAUGAGCUUGUCUGAAAAUAGAAAUUGUCAUUUUAAAUGCUGUCUAGAGACAAUCUUUUUUUAAAUGGUUUCACUAAUUUGGGAAAAAAAACAAUUAUGACUUGGCUUUUUCUUAUAUAUCAAGUAUAAGACAGUUCAUUAAGAUGACCUAAAUAUGGUUGGUUUGGGUUUCUAUUAACACUGUAUAAUUGUAUGAUUUUAAAUUUCAAAUCUUUCAUCAAAAAUAGCAAACAACUUAUUGCACUGAGAGUUUUAAUUAUAAAAAUAAAAUGCUUUAUUUCUUCGUUGUUGAUAAAGAUUGAAAUGAACACUUGUCAUUUACUAAAUGACAAUGCAUUAACAUUUCCUUUAUCUUCUUCCAGUAUGUGGAAGAACAAAAUAUUCCAAUAUAGUAUCCUGUGGAUUACACAGUUGUGACUCAUGUUGGAUGAGUCAUGAAUUAAUUUAUAGUGGACAUUAAGAGAUUAUGGGAAAUGAGAAAUAUAUUUACUUUAAUUUUGAAGUAUUUUGAAUGAAUCUUAAGUUAGGCAAAAUGGGUAAGAAAUAGAAUAAUUUUUGGCUUAAUUGUAAGGGUGAUUUUCUGAGAUAAAGUUUGCUUUGUCAAGCGAAUACAGUGUCCCUAUAAAAUAUUUAGGUAUUUAUGAAUGAUACUGUUACCACAUUGAAAAUACUCAAUGUACAAAUUUGAGGAAUUUCUUUAAAAUGCAGUUUAACAAUUCUUUGCAAAAGUGUUUUCAUUCCCUUGUGCCUUGCUGACCUUAAACCAUUAUAUGAAUGUGAGUUAUUACCAAUAAUUUUGCAUUUUGUACUAUUAUUAAUGUUCUAUUGUAGUACCAGUUAUUUUACACUGGAAGGACUUCUUAAAUCCCUUAACCUAUUGAGAUUUGUAUGGUAGUUUCAUUCUCAUAGUCAGUUAGAAACUUGGAUGUUGUUUAGGAUGAUAUUAUGAGGAUGGACUUCAGUUUCUAGAGGGUAGCGAAAACUACUUUGUAUUUCCACGUAGUAGUUCAUAUUAGGUCAUUUGAUAUUCAUAACGAUAGAGUGAAAGAGGCCGGUUAGUGUACUAUAGGUGAGGAAAGUGUUACUGGUUAAAUGAGGAAACCAAGAAUGUAUCCAGUUUUCUUUUCCCUAAGCCAUAAACUGUAUUUUUGAAAUACUUUUUGUGAAACAAAUUGAGAAAAGAAAUGACUUUUCCAAAAGCCAAAGGCCUGUAGAACUGAUUUAACUACCAUCUUUGUCCUAAGAUUGUUUGUGGAAUUUAUUUUUUUUAUAAAUUAAUUUAUUUUUAGUUUUCAACAUUCACUUCUAUAAGUUUUAAAUUUUUCUUCACCUCCCUCCCUUCCCCCCGCCAAAACAGUGUGCAAUCCGAUCAUAGGCUAUACAUAUACAUUCUUAUUAAACAUUUUUGCAUUAGUCAUGUUGCAAAGAAGAAUUAGAACAAAUGGGAAGAACCAUGAGAAAGAAAAAAAACAGAACAAAAAGAGAACAAAUAGUGUGCUUUGAUCUGCAUUCAGACUUCGUAUUUCUUUCUUUGGAUGUGGAUGGCAUUUUCCAUCGUGAGUCUUUUGAAAUUGUUUUAGGUCCUUGCAUCGCUGAGAAGAGCUGAGUCUAUCAGUCAGUCAUCAAGCACUGUGGUUGUUACUGUGUACAGUGUUCCCCUGGUUCUGCUCACUUCGCUCAGCAUUAGUUCAUAUAAGUCUUCCCAGGUUUUUCUUAAGUCCGCCUGUUCAUCAUUUCUUAUAGCACAAUAGUAUUCCAUUACAUUCAUAUACCACAGCUUGUUCAGCCAUUCCCCAAUUGAUGGGCAACCCUUAAUUUCCAGUUCUUGGCCACCACAGAAAGAGCUAUAUUUUUGUACAUGUGGCUCCUUUUCCCAUUUUUUUGUUUGUUUUUUUUUUUGCAGGGGGGAAGGCAGGGGCAAUUGGGGUUAAGUGACUUGCCCAGGGUCACACAGCUAGUAUGUCAAGUGUCUGAGGCUGGAUUUGAACUCAGGUUCUCCUGACUCCAGGGCUGGUGCUCUACUCACUGCACCACCUGGCUACCCCACCUUUUCCCAUUUUUAUGAUCUCUUUGGGAUACAGCCCUGGAAGUGGUAUUGCUGGGUCAAAGGGUAUGCACAUUUUUAUAGCCCUUUGGGCAUAGUUCCAAAUUGCUCUCCAGAUUGGUUGGAUCAGUUCAUAACUUCAACAAUGAAUUAAUGUGCCAAUUUUCCCACAUCCUCUCCAACAUUUAUCAUUUUCCUAUUUUGUCAUGUUAGCCAAUCUGAUAGAUAUGAUGUGUGGUUCCUCAGAAUUGUUUUGAUUUGCAUUUCUCUAAUCAAUAGUGACUUAGAGCAUUUUUCAUAUAGAUAGUUUUAAUUUCUUCCUCUGAAAACUGCCUGUUUAUAUCCUUUGACCAUUUAUCAAUUGGGGACUUGUAUCCUUACCAAUUUGACUCAGUUCUCUAUAUAUUUUAGAAAUGAGGCCUUUAUCAGAGACAUUGGCUGUUUGUGGAACUUAGAGAUAACUUCUCAAGUCUAGUUUUCCUGAUAACCAAAUAUAUUAUCCUGGAAUUUAAUUCCCUAUUUUCUAAUAUAAAAUGUGUAAUUACCAUCUAUAAGAGGUUUUUCUUAAAAAAAAAAUUUUGCUGGAUAAUACUGAAAGUAGACAAAAGGGAAAAAAAUUUGAAUUGAGUCUUUUUUUCAAAUCAGUAACUUUAGAGAAGUUUUAGUCAAAUGAACUAUUGCUUCUGACAUGUAAAUUUUACAGGAUUUAGAUUUAUAAUUGUUUUAUCAAAUGUAUCUAGGAAUAAAUAUUGCUAUCACUUGAAGAGCCUUUGUGAACACUAUUCACAAAUGUGUAUUGACAAUGUUUCUAGGAAUCUUUCUUUUUUAAUUUUUAAAAAUUAUUCAUUUAUUUUGGAAUCUCUUUUUCAAUUCCAGGUUAACAACAUAGCAAACAAAACUACCUGAUUUAAUAUUUACAAAUGAUGCCAAUGUGAAAUUUAAAGUGAAAACCCCUCAAAUUUACACAGCCAUUUAAAAAUUACAGCCUUGUAAUUUUUGUACAGAAUUGAAGAGUUAGAAGAGAUCCCAGACACCAUCUAGCCUAGCCUAUAUAGGAAAAAAAUCCCCUUUUACAAUGUACUUAAUAAGUAGUUAUUCAGCUUUUCUUUGAAGACUUGGAGGAAGGGAAAACCUACUCAGGUAGUCCAUUCCACUUUUAGUUAGUUCCAAGUGUUAGGAAUUUUUUCUGAAUACCAAGCCUUAAUUUGCUUCUUUGCAAGUUCAAGCCAUUGUUCCUAGUUCUACCCUUUGAGGUCAAGCUCAAAUCUUAAUUCCUUUUCCACAUGGCAGCCUUUCAGAUUUAAUCAGGUUGAGUUACAUUCUCCUCCUGAGGCUCUCCUUCAUGAAACAUCCCUGAUUACUUUCACCACUUCUCAUCUGGCAUGAACAUGGAGGCUCUUCACCAUCCUGGUCACCCUUCUCUAGAUAUUCUACCACUUAUCAGUGUCCUUCCUGAACUGGGGUGCCCAAAGCUGGAAACAGUAUUCCAGAACAAGUCUCACAAGGGGAGAAUAUAAGUGGGUUGUCACUUCUUUAUGCUUGCAAAUUAUGCUUCUCUUAAUAGAGUCCAUGAUUAUGUUAAUUUUUUUUGACCACACCAGUUUUCUUGUCUGCCAUCUGUAUCACACUGGUUGAUUUGUGAUUAACUUGUUGUGGUUCAGUAAAAUCCCCAGAUCUUUCUCAAACUGCUACCUAGCUGUAUCUCCCUGACUUUCUAAGUAUGAAGUGGAUUUUUUUUUUUGCACUCUCGAGUGACGCUUUAUGUCGUUUCUCUCUCUUAAAGUACUGUUCAGCUAAGUAUUCCAACCUAGCCAGAUAAUUUUUGGACUUUAAUCCAGGACUUUGGCUAUCCUUCCCAGUUUUGUUACCUGCAAAUUUGAUUAGAAUGCCACCUAUGCCUUUGUUCCAGCCAUUCUCAAUUGAUAUAAAUCAUUAACGAAUAUUCUUUGGGUUAUAGCUUUUUAGAAUCUACUUGUACACCAGCCCAUAACUCACCAUAUUUUCUGCAACAGGAUGAGAAUUUAUUACAUGUUUUUUCUAGGAUUUAGGCAAAUAUAUAUCACUCUCCUGAUUUAACAAUUUGCAAAUAGGAAAUAAGUUUACCUGUUCAUGAUGAAGUCAUGUGGGCCCUUUGAUUUUAGAAUUUUCUCAAGAAUUAAAGUGAAACUUGGUGACCUUUUGUUUUCAAUUCUCUCUCCUCUUUAAGAAAAUCAUACAUAAAAAGCAGUCUACUGUAUUUCAGUUAUAAGAGUAGUUGCUACCAAAAGGAUAAAGCUAGGAUGUGCUGUUUCUAUUAACAUGAAGGAAGAGAACAUGGCAGAAGUGACUUUCUCUACGUUUGUAGGAUGCUAAACAUAGAUGAAUUUCUUCCUUCAGGUACUUUAAGAUUUGACUGUGCUUUCUAAUUUCCAAAGGCUAUAGAGAAUUAUGCUGUUGCCAUUCUGUAUUUUAAUGUUUUACACUCAAAUUUGUUGUGAAGUAACAAGCUGUGAAUUUGCCCUAAAACCGACAUCUUUUCCCAUUUAACAGGCCUAAAAGUGAAAGUAUGAGUUUUAGGCUUAUUCUGUGACCUCCAGGUCAGCUGGGCCUCAAAAAGGGGUGAGAUGCACUUAGGCUUUGUUAUACUGGGAUGUUUUAGUAAAUGAACUGUGAAACAAAA